UGCACCCUCCGGCCAUAGUAGCAUAAUAGCAUUUCUGUGUUCCCUCUCUCUCUUCUCUCUCUUGUUGCUUCUGUUGUUUUGCGUUGUGUUUGGAACGGUAAGAUGCAAGCCAUUACGAGGCGCUUAGGGCACCAAUCACUCAAGUCCUCAACUUCGCUCAAAUCCAUCUAUCCAAUUUCCGAUCACUAUUAUGGUGUGGAUCACGAACGUUACGUAUCCACCGUGGCUACCAAGGGCGUUGGCCACCUCGUCCGCAAGGGUACUGGUGGACGAUCAUCUGUCAGUGGUAUUGUUGCUACAGUAUUUGGGGCGACUGGAUUCCUUGGUCGAUAUGUUGUCCAACAACUUGCCAAAAUGGGAUCUCAAAUCCUAGUUCCUUUCCGAGGCUCUGAAGAUUGUCCUCGUCAUCUCAAGCUGAUGGGAGAUUUAGGACAGGUUGUUCCCAUGAAAUACAAUCCAAGAGAUGAAAGUUCAGUUAAAGCUGUAAUGGCUAGGGCUAAUGUUGUCAUCAAUCUUUUGGGAAGGGAUUAUGAGACAAGAAACUACAGCUUUGAGGAAGUGCACUAUCACAUGGCCGAGAAAUUUGCAAAGAUUGCCAAAGAGCAUGGUGGUAUCAUGCGAUUCAUUCAAGUUUCUUCUUUAGGUGCAUCUCCUUCAUCUUCUUCCAGGAUGCUUAGAUGUAAAGCAGCUGCCGAGGAAGCAAUUUUAAGAGAAUUACCUGAGGCUACGAUCUUGAGACCUGCUGUUAUGAUUGGUACAGAAGACCGGAUUUUAAACCAAUGGGCUCAUUAUGCAAAGAAGUAUGGCUUUCUUCCAUUGAUGGGGAAUGGGAACACAAAAAUCCAACCUGUAUAUGUUGUUGAUGUCGCCGCCGCACUUACUGCAGCCUUGAAGGAUGAUGGCACUAGCAUGGGAAAGACUUAUGAACUUGGUGGUCCUGAGAUCUUUACUGUGCAUGAAUUGGCAGAUAUUAUGUUUGACGUGAUUCGAGAAUGGCCUAGAUAUGUGAAUGUGCCUCUUCCCAUUGCAAAGGCAUUGGCAACACCGAGGGAAUUAUUAUUAAAUAAGGUCCCCUUUCCUCUACCCAAGCCUGAGAUGUUCAACCUGGAUCAGAUCCAUGCUUUUGCAACAGAUACCGUAGUUUCAGAAAAUGCUUUGACAUUCAAUGAUCUUGGAAUUGUUCCCCAUAAGCUGAAGGGAUACCCCAUUGAGUAUCUUAUUUCACAUAGGAAAGGUGGUCCACGAUUUGGUUCUACAGUCAGUGAAAAAGUCUCUCCAGAAGAUUGGCCGUAAGAUUCUUUGGAUAUUUAGUCUCGGGUCAUUUAUCUUUGUCUUGCCUGUAUUAUCACCAUUUCAUUUCAGUAUUUAAAAAUGAUCGGAAAAGCUUAACUUUUUGUAUCUUCCUUUCAUAAUGUAGAGUGGGUAAUCAUGUCUGUUGAUGAUAAUAAAAUCCAGAUACCUGAUUUAUGAAAACGCCAUUGAAUCAAAUUCAUAUUUCUAAUUGGAAUAUUGGAUGAUAUCUUA